UUCAAUGCUGCUUUCAAAGAAAAGACGUUACGGGAUUUUCUUUAGUUUUUUAAAUGUUUCCUCCUUAACAUAAGUUCUGUCAAUACACCAAGGCGGUAAAGGGGAUAUAUUUCCGACAACACGUGAAAGCAUCACGCAGAGGUGCAUUUGCUACUUCUAGCCUGUCACAAGCUAAUGUUCAGUAUGUCUGAGAAGGAGCUGGGGAAAAAGUGGGACCGAUGCUUAGCAGACGGUGCCAUUAAAUUAGGCACCGGUCUGGGGUUAGGCAUUGUGUUUUCUGUUCUGUUCUUCAAACGGCACACAUGGCCAAUUUCACUUGGCUCGGGAGCAGGGCUUGGCAUGGCGUAUGCCAAUUGUCAGAAUAACCUGAGGUCACAUUAUAUGCUGCACAGAGGCGAUAAGGAGCAAUAACUGCACGCCACCAAGGGACUGUCUUUUUUUUUUUCCAAAGUGUUUGUUUUUGUUUUGAUUAUGGGUGCGUCACCAUUUGCACUGUUCUACAGUCAGACUCUUGUCUCCCUGUUGACAUCCUUCCUUGUAUGACUGUAUGAUUUGUAUAUGCCCUAUAAGGACGGUCUGUGUUUAUUUAAUAAAAUAAUUAUUAAAAAAAGAGUUGUGGGUUAAUAAUAAGCGGUUCCAUACAUGCUUUGUAAGGUAUGUAAUUGUGUACAAAUCAUGUUUAACCAAGUGGUACAAAGAUGAGGAUUGUGUAAUAUGUUACAUCAGCUAGAUUAUACUUCAUACACUCUGAGGAGUAAUAAUGACACUUGAGGAGGGGUAGGGGGUUAGGAGUCAAGUGUUAAUGCAGAUUUGAAAAAGGUGCUUGAAGUAAUUUUUCUGAAAACUGUCAGAGAAGAAGGCUGAGGCAGGGAUGUAAAAGCAGUCCUAUAAGGUAGUAAGGCUAUUCAAAUGUUCCUGUUAGGAAAUGAAGGAUUCUGGUGUUAUCUCGUCAUCUCUGUACAUUCAGAAUAACAAGAUGACGUAAAGUGAUUAUUGUUAUAUAAUAGGGAAUUUCUUCACUAAUGGUAUAAUGUGUGAGUCAUCCAAAACAAACAAAAAUAUGCUGAAAUAUUACAAUGUAUUACUGAGAAACUGGCAAAUCAUUCAAAUACAGCUGAUCCAUGUUUUAUGUGUUAUUGGUUUUAAACAGUAAUCACCCUAUAAAUGAUGGAUCAAUGACAAUCACUGCAAAGUAACUUGUAACUAAGGCUGAUAAUUAAACACUGUGGUGGUGGAGUAGUGUCAAAAUAUGUGUAUAUAGUGCAUAUGAGAGAAAGAAAAUCAAGGCGUGACAGACAUUUUUAAAAUUGUUAUUCCAGAGUAGUUAAAAACACCUUGUCCAAACAAGGGAGAAAAAAACCCAAAACACCCACACUAGUUCCUAUGAUGUAGAAUUAGCAUAUCUUGGCUGUGAUUGUGCAUGGUUAUGCAUUAACAGCUCAAUGCUCUGACACGCUCCUUCUCAGUAGCUGUGCGCUCAGGCUGGGAGGCACGCUGGAGUGGCCGACACAGGGAUUAACAGGACCGAGCGUUACAUGGCCGUGAUACCUGUAGAGCACUCGUGAACAGAGCGGUGCUUACAAAUGACUGCUGCACAAUUUUCUGUUGCUUUUUGCUGCCUUGCUGUGUUUCCCAGAAUAAAACGGACUUGUGUAAGGCAGCAGAGCUCUGGCUCAGCAAAGGACUUGCGGGAGCAGAACAGAUCCACUUCUGUGAGGUGAGGUAAAAUUUUGAGCACUGAUCCUUGUUCUCUUCAUCUUCAGUGAGCCUGCUCUCAUAUGCCGAUUCAAGGCUUUUCUGUUUUUGUGCCCUCCUCCGGAGCCUGUCAUCAUUGUGACAUGCUGCUUCGAAACCCUCUUGUCAGCUAUCGAACGGCUCAUUCUGGCUCUUAGCUGUGGAUGAGACAGGGACACACUGGCCAGGAUGGAGAGAUGAGUGAAACUGUGCUGGGGAUUUGGAUCACUAUAUUGGUGGGUGUGGAAGUAAGUCCAGGACACCUGGAUGUAUUCCUGGAUGGAGAUUCUUAUCCAUGGAGAACGGUUCAGUUAACCCUGAUUUCUCAGCACAAGACCUCAGUGGCUUUCCAUUCAACAAUGUCCCUGAAAUUUGAGCUUUUGCUGCAAAGGAGAACUGGUUAAGGUCUGUAACAUCUAGUGCUGCCUGAAGAGUUCGUUCACUGACUUCUACCAGCAGGUGCCAUGGCUGACUCUCACUUGUCUGGCACCUUAGGGAGCUAUAAUGGCAGCUCCACCAGCACCAGCGCCUGGAACAUCACCGGCAGCGGCCCUUGGUUGUUAGCUUUUAUGCUGACCAUCAUCAUCCUCAUGACCGUGUGUGGCAACAUGUUGCUCAUUGCGUUGGUGUUUGCCCAUCGCUCUCUGCGCUGCACCUCAAACUGCUUCCUGGUGUCUCUGUUCUUCUCCGACCUAAUGGUGGCAUUGGUGGUCAUGCCCCCAGCUAUGCUCAACGUUCUGUGCGGGGCCUGGGUGCUGUGGCCUGCGUUUUGCCCAGUUUGGCUUUGCUUUGAUGUGAUGUGCUGCAGCGCGUCCAUCCUGAACCUGUGCGUGAUCAGCCUGGACCGGUACCUCUUCAUCAUCUCGCCCCUGCGCUACAAGCAGAGGAUGACCCCACCUCGGGCGUUAAUCCUUGUAGGGGCUGCUUGGGGGCUGGCAGCGUUGGCUUCCUUCCUGCCCAUUCAGAUGAAAUGGCACAGCUUGGGCCACAGGAGCGGACACUCAUCUGUUCUUGGGGUCAGCACUGGCAACAUCAGCUCCUACUCUGACAAACUGUACCCAGAAUCCUACUUUCAGCUGUCACCUUCAGGUGGCCUUUCCUUCCAGUGUCGUCUGCGUGUGACCCUGCCCUUUGCUCUGGUGGCAUCUGUGCUCACCUUCUUUCUGCCCUCCAGUGCCAUUUGUUUCACCUACUGCCGGAUCCUUCUGGUGGCACGCAGGCAGGCGAAGAGGGUGGCGGCGCUGAGCCACCCGCCUCACCCGCACCCUUCUCUCGGGGAACCCUCCCGGCCUCCUUCGCCGGGCAUUGCAGCAGGGCAAGCUCAGCAGGACGGAGAUGACUGCAGCCAUUUGGAGCCUCCUGUGUCACAAAACAUGCCGCCGUCAGUGAACAGCGAGCGUCGCCUGGCUCACAGGCAGGGUCGGAGGGCACUCAAGGCCAGUCUGACUCUGGGAGUCCUCUUGGGACUCUUCUUCAGUGCUUGGCUGCCUUUCUUCAUCACCAACAUGGCUGAGGCAGUGUGUGAGUGCGUCCCCCUUGCGCUCUUUGACGCCAUAACCUGGCUGGGCUACUGCAACAGUACGAUCAACCCCAUCAUCUACCCGCUGUUCAUGAGAGACUUCAAGCGAGCUCUGGGGAAGCUGUUGCCCUGCUGUUCUUCGCGGUCGCCCCGAAGACCCUCGCCGGCGCUCUCGCUCUCUCUGCGUAACUCGGGAGAGCCCAACAUUGCCAGCAACCCACCCUCACCUCUGGCUUCUGACCCCACGCACCCGCCCGCCACCGCCACUGAUGCUGUCAAUCUGCUGGAUGCCGAGCACGCUGGGCUUGAGUUGCCUCUCCUUCUCCCCAACCAGGUUGACACUCUGGACUAAAUAGUACUUACAGAUAGCUUAUAGGUUAUAUCAGGGUUUACAGUGGGAAAGCGCUGACAGCUGGUAACAAUCUAACUUAUUCACUGUGAGGCUUGGGCUGAAGAGACAUUGAAAAAGAAUCUAUUUAUUUUAUGCUCACAUUCUCUAAGGUCUACUCGCUCUCUCAGCCAGUGUCAGGGUCAAAAAUAUUUCCAAUUGUCAGUGCCAGUGGAGAAUGCAAUUCUAUAGUAAGCUGUGAAUCACUACUGUGAGAGUCUUAUAGAAGAGAACAAGAAAAAAGCCUCGGAAAGAAGACAUUUGUGGAAUCGCUGCAAUCUAUAUGGAAUGAUUCUAUCUAUAAUAUCCAGAAACCAAGCCGACAGAAAUCUACUUCAACCAGAAACACACAAAACAUCACUGGUUUUUAAUGCCCAUAACACAUUUGUAAAAUAAAUUAUGACCAUAUUUACAUUUUUAUAAAAAAGUUAUCUACAAUAACCAAAAUUAUCAUUCAAUCAAUUCAUCUAAACCCGUGUUUAAGCAGUCAAACAAAACAGUUCAUUCAGGGGAUUUUCACUGGAAGCUGCCGUAUGUGUGUGUCGACUCUCGUGCAGUCUCUGGCAUGUCACUUUGUUGAGAAUGGAAUGAAUAUUUUCUCCAAUAACAACAAAAAAAAUCCAAACAAACAAACUUGAGAAGAGUUUACAAGGAAGCAGCCGGUCCAGUAACAUGCUCUUUACAAGUUUGGCCGCCUUCACUUGUGCGAGUUCUCUGUA